AAGAGGGUGGGAAGUGGGAACAAUAUAAGACGUUAAGAUUUCAAAAAUUCAAAAUGCAAAAGAACCAUAUACGCGACAAAUCCCAUUUCUUACAACUUUCUGGCGCAACUCUCCUAUCGCAUCUCUCUCUCUCUUCCUCUUUUGCGGUGGCCGACAUCUGACACGUCUCUUCUCGUUUUAUCACGAGCUCUGAUUUGGAGUUUCAUCACAGGUUUUUGAAUCCCUAAUUUUGGAUUACCUUUUACUAAUUCAUCCAAAGGGAAAACCCUAAUAAUCCUCAUCUUCUUCACGUGACGGUUGAAUCGAAGCCGAUUUUCUUUUGAUAGCGGUCAUGAGCUUAAUCAUUCAGAACGGUGAAAUGGAUGUGAAUGGGAAGGAUGAUCUUAAGGCACCUCUGCUGCAGCCUCCAGAUGAUGUUGCAAUUGCUGUCCCUAAACAGAAAGAUAACAGAGAUAAGAAGGUUAAAACCAUUAGGUUCAAAAUAGGGGAUAUCAAGUGCGCCUCUUGUGCAGCAUCCAUAGAAUCUGUGCUGGGAGAGCUUAGUGGAGUUGAGAAGGCUAUGGUAUCACCCCUUGAUGGCCAUGCUGCUAUCUCUUACAUACCAGAGUUCGUUACUGCUCAAAAAAUUAAGGAAACCAUAGAAGAUGCUGGUUUUCCGGUUGAUGAGUUCCCAGAACAAGAAAUAUCAGUAUGCAGGCUCAGGAUUAAAGGAAUGGCAUGCACUAGCUGCUCUGAGUCUGUUGAACGCGCCCUCUUAAUGGCUAAUGGAGUUAAAAAGGCAGUGGUAGGUCUAGCUCUUGAAGAAGCAAAAAUUCACUUUGAUCCAAACCUUACUGAUACAGAUCACAUUGUAGAAGCUGUAGAAGAUGCUGGGUUUGGGGCUGAGAUUAUCAGCUCUGGGAAUGAUCUGAAUAAAGCGCAUCUAAAACUUGAAGGAAUUAAAUCCACAGAAGAUGCUGCAGUUAUUCGGUUCUCCCUUGAGUCAUUACAGGGUGUGAAUCAUGUCGAAAUGGAUCUUGCGGAACAUAAAGUAACUGUUAGCUAUGAUCCAGACCUUAUGGGUCCAAGAUCUCUCAUACAGUGCAUUGAAGAAGCUUCCCCAGGCAUUUACCAUGCUAGUUUAUAUGCACCCCCAAAGAGAAGAGAAACUGAGUGGAUGCAAGAAAUUCAGAUGUAUAGGAAUCAUUUUUUCUUGAGCUGCCUCUUCUCAGUUCCAGUUUUUCUAUUUUCCAUGGUACUUCCAAUGCUUCAUCCUUACGGUUUCUGGUUAGAGUACAGGAUUCAAAACAUGCUUACCAUUGGAAUGCUUCUUAGGUGGAUUCUCUGCACACCUGUACAAUUCAUUGUUGGUCGAAGGUUUUAUGUGGGCUCAUAUCAUGCAUUGCGUCGGAAAUCUGCGAAUAUGGAUGUUUUAGUUGCAUUAGGCACUAAUGCUGCUUAUUUUUACUCUGUAUAUAUAGUGAUAAAAGCAAUGACUUCAGAUAAAUUUGAAGGGCAAGAUUUCUUUGAGACAAGUGCCAUGUUGAUAUCCUUCAUCCUUUUGGGGAAGUAUUUGGAGGUUCUAGCUAAAGGCAAGACAUCAGAUGCUUUAGCAAAGCUAACAGAGCUUGCUCCUGAUACAGCAUAUUUGCUGACACUAGACAGUGAUGGAAAUGUUGUGUCAGAGAGUGAAAUCAGUACAGAACUGAUACAAAGGAAUGAUAUAUUAAAAAUUGUUCCAGGGGCAAAAGUUCCUGUUGACGGGAUUGUCAUAGAUGGCCAAAGCCAUGUGAAUGAAAGUAUGAUCACAGGAGAGGCAAUGCCCAUUCCUAAAAAGCCUGGUGACAAGGUAAUUGGCGGUACAAUGAAUGAGAAUGGAUGCUUACUUGUUAAGGCUACUCAUGUUGGGUCAGAGACUGCACUUUCUCAAAUUGUUCAACUUGUAGAAGCUGCACAGCUUGCGAGGGCCCCUGUUCAGAAACUAGCUGACCAAAUUUCCAAGUUUUUUGUUCCUGCAGUUGUUAUUGCAGCCUUUAUAACAUGGUUGGGAUGGUUCAUUCCUGGAGAAGCUGGUCUUUACCCUAGACAUUGGGUACCAAAAGGUAUGGACAGAUUUGAGCUUGCACUGCAAUUUGGUAUAUCAGUACUGGUGGUUGCAUGCCCAUGUGCUCUAGGGCUAGCAACACCGACAGCUGUCAUGGUUGCCACAGGCAAGGGUGCUUCUCAAGGUGUGCUCAUCAAAGGUGGAAGUUCACUUGAAAAAGCACAUAAGGUGAAUGCGGUUGUCUUUGAUAAGACAGGGACUUUAACAAUUGGAAAACCAGUAGUAGUUAGUGCUGUGGUCUUUUCCAGUUUCUCAAUGGAGGAAUUCUGUGACAUGGCUACUUCUGCUGAGGUGAAUAGCGAGCACCCAAUAGCAAAAGCUGUGGUGGAGCAUGCUAAGAGGCUACGCCAAAAUAUUGGGGCUAAAUCGGAACAUAUUACAGAGGUCAAGGAUUUUGAGGUGCACACUGGAGCUGGGGUGACCGGAAAAGUGGGUGACAGAAUGGUUUUGGUUGGGAAUAGAAGGCUCAUGCAAGCUUGUAAUGUCAUGGUUGGUCCUGAAGUUGAAAACUACAUUGCAGAAAAUGAGCAGCUGGCUAGAACGUGUGUGCUAGUUUCUAUUGAUGGAAAAAUUGCAGGAGCUUUUGCUGUGACUGAUCCAGUAAAGCCAGAGGCUGAGCAUGUCAUCUCCUUUCUUCGCUCCAUGGGCAUCUCAUCGGUAAUGGUGACUGGUGAUAAUUGGGCUACAGCAGCUGCCAUUGCAAAGGAGGUUGGAAUUAAAGAGGUUUUUGCUGAGACAGAUCCACUAGGAAAGGCCGAUAGGAUCAAAGACUUACAGUGCUGGAUGCAGGGAAAAGGGAUGAUUGUGGCAAUGGUGGGAGAUGGAAUAAACGACUCCCCAGCCUUAGUUGCAGCUGAUGUUGGCAUGGCAAUUGGUGCUGGCACUGAUGUAGCCAUAGAAGCAGCUGAUAUAGUUCUAAUCAAAAGCAACUUAGAAGAUGUAGUUACAGCCAUAGAUCUAUCUAGAAAGACCAUUUUCCGUAUUCGGCUAAACUAUGUGUGGGCACUUGGUUAUAACAUUCUUGGUAUGCCUAUUGCUGCUGGAAUUCUUUACCCAUUUACUGGAAUUCGGUUGCCCCCUUGGCUUGCCGGUGCUUGCAUGGCUGCUUCAUCGCUCAGUGUUGUUUGUUCUUCACUCUUAUUGCAGUCUUAUAAGAAACCUUUGCGUGUUAGUAGUUCUCGAGGGUAAAUUUAUCAUGGUGAAUAUCUGCAUCUCCAGUCAAUGUAAUAAUGUAAGAUCCUCUUGAUUCCUACAGAAUACAGGUGGAUUCUGUUUUUCUUUCUGUCUGAAUUCUGAUCUCUCUUUUUUUAAAGUAAUAUAAUUUCUUGUUAGGACCA